AUGGCCACCACAUUCGCGGACGCCUGGGACUUGCUGUUAUCGGAUCCCAUGCCCGAAUCAACCGACGAUCAUUCUCCUUGGCCAUCCUUCCUGCGUGAAUCGUCUGCCGACCCUCGUAUGAGCUCACAGGCUUCUGCCAUCCGUCCGCAGUCAUCGCCCAGGCCCCUGGAUAGUAUGCCCUUAUUAGACCUACUCCCCACGACAGUCAGAUCACCCGAGCCCACUAUCCAUCGAGAUUCUACCCCUGUGAUUCUACAAUAUCUCGACGAGCUACGUAGUCAGCUGGAUGUACUUCAACGGGGUCCUACGAGCAUCGACAAAGAAUCAGAUGCUCGACAGGUAGACCAGCUAAAUGAAGAUAUACAAAUUGCCCCAGACGACAUGGGCGCCACCAUGGCAGCCGGUGACUCGACCUCCUUCUCACCAUCGUCUUACCAGGACACCGAGCCAGGCUAUCGCUGCUGGGAGUCCUGUUGUCGCGGUCGUCGCUUUUCCAACCGCAGCAAUCUCGUUCGCCAUCAGCGAGAGCGGUUUGGAGAAAAGGCCAAGCUACGAUGCAUAUACUGCAAUGCGCGAUUCUCACGAAGCUCAGCACGGAAUGCGCACCAGGCGCGACGAAAUUGCGGGGACAGAAAUAAUGGUUGA